AUGAUCUCAAUUUUUCUUGUUGCGUUGUUCAUCCCUCUUUGUCUAGCUGGAAAAGAUUGUGUUUGGAUCUUAGGACGUGUGCAGUGCGAAAAAGAUCCCACUAAAAAUCUUAAUGUUGAGGUGCGCGUAUGGGACCGUGAUUCAUUUGGGCCCUUUAAACUCAUUGAUCCAGACGACCUUAUGGGAGUGACUUUCACGAAUGAAGACGGUCGAUUCCAGCUGGAUGGCUGCGGUGACGAUUUUGACUGGAUUCCCGGUCUGAACAACAAGCCUGAACCUUACGUCGAGAUCCGUCACUAUUGUAACAACGAUGAAGGUGAAAUAAUCACAUUGCCGGAAUUCAAGGUGUUCGUCCCGGAAACACACGAUUUAGGGACAAUUGUUCUUGAUAAACCAAAGCAGUGA